CCUGCCAGAACCUACACGCGGUUCUGUGAGAGUAGGUGGUGAUGCGGUACCGCACAGCGAUGGCCACCGUAGCACCAGGGCCCAGUGGAAGCUGCGCUCCGCCUGUGACUGAAAUGGACGCGGUCUGGCCCCGCCUCCCCAGCUACUAAGUGGCAGCACUGGAGCUCCGCCCCACUCCUCUAGGGGUGUCCGUACCCCUGCCAUCAUCCCUCGGAGUGUCCAUGGAAAACAAAAGUAGAUGGACUGUGCUUUGUUUUUGUUUUUUCCAAAUGACGUCAGGUUCCCCUGUGAAAGUGCUUUCCCGGGCCGUUCCCCCUCGUGCCACACGGGUCCCUGCCUUCAGCCAGUGGCCAGUGCCGCAGAGCUAAAAGGAGGGCUUCCUAAGGUGACACGACCCCACCUGUGUCUCCCUCAGUUCGCUCUGCUGGUUAGAGACGUUCUGAGACACCGCAGGUGCCUUGCGUACCACUGGAGUAGCCUGGUUGAGGAAGGCGCUGAUGACAGCCUGGGGGCGGCCUGGACCUCCGAGCACUGCCCCCCUGACCCUGCCAUGUGGGAGGGCCGUUCUUCCAUCUCAGCUGACCUGUGGGUGCCCGAGAGGAGGCACUGCUGCUGCGGUGUCAUCUCCAGCCGGAGGAACCCAGUCACUGCCAAGCAAACGUCAUGUCUCAUGUCUCAUGUCUUCCUUUCCUUCCCCAGCUUUGCCUUCUCGAACUUCUACCCUUUUCCGAGACGGCUGGCAAGAGGAGAUCGGAUUAGAUUCCAACGCCAGGGGGCUGGGUCCAGGUCCCUGGCAUUUUGACUGUUCCUGUGCGUAGUGGCUUGUUCAGAAGUUGCAGAAAGGAUCUGUUCCAACAGGUCCCCGAGCACUGGCUGGCACAGCUGCUGCGUCCUUCCCGUGACCCAUUUCGGUUGCUGCACUGACAGCUUUCCCUAGAGAGAUGAUGCCGCUCAAGCGCUUUUACUCCGGCAGAGCCAAGAAGUCCUGGGUCCCAGACCUGUAUGACCUAGACAGUGACUUGGCUCAGUACCCGGAAGCCAUCGUAGGAGGAAGUCCGACUGACUCUGAAUUUUCUCAUCAGAGGUUUCGGAAUUUCCUCUACGUGGAAUUUGUCGGGCCUCAGAAGACUCUGCUCAGACUCCGAAACCUCUGCCUGGACUGGUUGCAGCCGGAUAUUCACACCAAGGAGGAGAUCAUCGACCUCUUGGUCCUUGAACAGUACCUGAACAUCCUCCCCGAGAGGGUCAGGCUCUGGGUGCAGGCUCGGCGGCCGCUGACCUGCGAGAAGCUCGUGGACCUGCUGGAGAUGUACCACGAGGUGUACGGGCCUGAAGACAACGGUGUCAACAUGCAGAUUGAAGGCAGAUUGAACCGCAAUGGAGUAACCAACCCCCUGGCACGUGCCCUCUAUUUCUGCAGAGACCGGGACCGGGAUUGGGACCAGGACUGGGAUCGAGACCGAGCCUGGGACCGGGCCUGGGACCGGGCCUGGGACAGGGCCUGGGACCGAGCCUGGGACCGGGGCCGGGCUUGGGAGCGAGCCCGGAUGCGGGAGCGGGAGCGGAGGGCCAGAAGCAGGGACCUGUCCUUGCGAGACCGCUGGCCGUAUGGCAGGAUCCCCAGAAGCAGGUUUCCUCCCCGGGAUCUUUCCCUUCCUGCUUCGAUGGAGAGAGCAUUUUCGACGGAAAGAGGGCGCCGCCGUCGGAGCUUUAUGCAGUACGAGUUGCAGUCCCAGGACACGAUGUCAUACCAGGACAUGGUGAAGCUCACUGAGGACAGGAAGGCGCAGAACUCGAUCAAGGACAACAUGGAGAACUACAGGAAGCUGCUGUUCCUGGGGCUUCAGCUUGCCGAAGAUGAUGGCCACUCCCACAUGACACAAGGCCAUUCACGGUCAAAGAGAAGUGCCUACCCAAGCACCAGUCGAGGUCUGAGAACCAUGCCUGAAGCCAAAAAGUCAACCCAUCGCCGGGGGAUCUGUGAAGAGGAGGCUUCGCAUGGAGCGAUCAUGGAAAAAUUCAAGAAUGUUUGGCAAAACCCCAACUCGGCAAGAGCGAGAAUACCUAGUGACCGGUUUCCAAGGGUCCCCAGAAGGGCAGACCACGAUUGGAAAGACGUGUCCUUAGACAGAGAGUCGGUGAUUCAGGAGGGGGGCUGUGCAGAGAAUGCCUGUCGGGGAGCUUGUAAUUGUAACUCAAACCUUGUUUCCAAAAAGAAAGUUCUCGAGAGAAAAAGGCGCUAUGAGUUUGACACCGAUGGGAAGGGUUCUGCUCACGAUCAGAGAGACUCUCCCCGGAAGAAACCCUUUGAAGGCAGUGAGAUGAGAAGAGCCAUGAGCAUGAGCAGCCUUAGCCCCCCUUCUGCCGAGUCGCAGCCGCUUGAUUUUGCCGCCAUGCCCUAUGUGUGUGAUGAGUGCGGGAGGGCUUUCGGUGUGAUUUCUGAGUUUGUCGAACAUCAGAUCAUGCACACUAGAGAGAAUCUCUAUGAGUAUGGUGAAGCGUUUAUCCGUAGUGUGGCUGUCACUCAGAAAAGUGCGGCUCGGGGGAAAUGCUUUGAGUGUAAGGAGUGUGGGGAAACCUUCGAUAAGACAGCCGAUCUUGCUGAGCAUUGUCAGAUUCACGCUAGAGGGCAUCUCACAGAUUGUAAUGAUGAGGAAUAUGAGGAGCCCUUCAUGCCUAGCCCCACCUUCAGUGAGCUUCAGAAAAUGUAUGGGAAAGAGAAAUUCUAUGAGUGUAAGGUGUGUAAGGAAACCUUCCUUCAUAGUUCUGCUCUGGUUGAACACCAGAAGAAAAUCCAUGGGAGAGAUGACAAAGAUGAUGAAGUCUUCAAGCCCAACCCAGCCUUUAAGGGGCUGCAGAGAAUGCAUGCUAAAGAGAAGACGUACGAAUGUAAGGUGUGUGGGGAGACCUUCCGCCACAGCUCAUCGCUGAAAGAACAUCAGAAGAUUCACACCAGAGAAAACCUGUCUGAAAACAAGAGCAAAGCGUGUGAGGAAACCUUUAUUGUUGGUCAGCCCAUUAGAAGGCGUCAGAAAUAUUUCUUACAGGGAAACUUCUGUGGCUUUAACGAUGAUGGGGCUGCCUUUGGGCAAAACCUAUUCCCCGGUGAGCAUCCCUCAGUUCAUUUUCAGAAGAAUUCCUAUGAAGGCGGGGCGUAUGGGAAUUCUGUCAUUCAUAGCAGGCCCUUUACUGAGUCUCGGAAGAGUCAUACUAUAACAAGACCACCUGAGAACGAGGACGAGAAGGCAUUCACCAUUAGCUCUAAUCCUGAUGACAACCAGAUGACCACUAAAGAAAAUGUCCUUGAGAAGAAACCAAAUGAGAGGUCUGUUAUUCAUAGCUUAUCUUUGGCUGAAGUUCAGAAAUGUCACAGUGCCGUGGGGCCCAAUAAACCAAAAGUGAUUGCAGAGUCUACCAUUACAAGCCCAAAUAUUACUGAACAGAAAAUCCAUGCUGGAGAGAAGACCUCUGAAGAAAAGAAGAAUGAGAGGUCCGUUAUCCAUAGCUUACCCGUUUUCAAACUUCCCAAAAGUCCCAGUGGAAACGAAUGGAAUGAGAAGGGAGGAUUCUCAAAUCUUCAUGCUAAGCAACAGAAACCUCCUGCCAGACCCACCCCUAAUGAAGGGGACAAGAGUAACAGCUACAAGGACUCUGUUAUACGCCGUGUAUCUGGUACUGAACCUCCAAAAAGUCUUGCUGCAGAGGGAGCCAAUGAGUUUAAGAAGGAUGGCCAAUCGACUGUUACCAAAUCAAAUGUCCCUGAACAUCAGAAGGUUCGUGCCAAGAAGAAAAACGUCGAGCGCAGGAACUGCGAGACUUCAGUAAUUCACUCCCUGCACUUCGGUGAACCUGAAACCGUUCGCCCCAGAGAGAAACUCUAUGAAUGUCCAGAGUGUGGAGAGUCCUUUGUUCGUAGCUCCGACCUCACUGAACAUCAGAAGAUUCACCAUAGAAAGAAGCCUUUUGGAAGCAAAAACUACGAACGAUCUGUUAUUCGCAGCGUAGCCUCCGCUGAUCCACAGACAAGUUAUGCUGAACAGCCAGUGCAGGUGAGAUAUGGCCAAGAGCCGGAAGGGAUGACUUGCAUUCAGCAGCCAGAGCAGGCUAGUUUUCUUGACGAGCUAGUGGAGAUGAGUUAUGUGAAAGAGCCAGUGCAAGGUUACGGUCAGGAGCCAGUGGGGCUGACCUGCCUUCAAGAGCCAGAAGGGAUGACCUGCCUUCAGGAGCCAAUGCAGAAUUGUUUCUUCGAAGACCUAGUGGAGAUGAAUUAUGUUGAGGAACCAGUGCAGGGUUACGGUCAGGAGCCAGUGGGGAUGAUUUGCAUUCAACAGCCAGCACAGGCAAGUCAUCCUCGCCAGCCAGUGGGAGUGAGUUCUGCUGGACAGCCAGCACAGGCAAGUCAUCCUCGCCAGCCAGUGGGAGUGAGUUCUGCUGGACAGCCAGCACAGGCAAGUCAUCCUCGCCAGCCAGUGGGAGUGAGUUCUGCUGGACAGCCAGCACAGGCAAGUCAUCCUCGCCAGCCAGUGGGAGUGAGUUCUGCUGGACAGCCAGCACAGGCAAGUCAUCCUCGCCAGCCAGUGGGAGUGAGUUCUGCUGGACAGCCAGCACAGGCAAGUCAUCCUCGCCAGCCAGUGGGAGUGAGUUCUGCUGGACAGCCAGCACAGGCAAGUCAUCCUCGCCAGCCAGUGGGAGUGAGUUCUGCUGGACAGCCAGCACAGGCAAGUCAUCCUCGCCAGCCAGUGGGAGUGAGUUCUGCUGGACAGCCGGCACAGGCAAGUCAUCCUCGCCAGCCAGUAGGAAUGAGUUCUGCUGGACAGCCGGCACAGGCAAGUUGUGCUCGGCAUCCAGUGCCGCAAGAAUGUAAGGACUGUGGGCAAUCCUUCGCGACCAUUGAAGACCUUGGUGCCCAUCAGAAAAUCUACACUCAAGAGGAGUUCCAUGGAGGUUCUGUUAUUCGGGGUGCAGUCGGUGGCAGGCCUGAGCAGGAAGAGCCUGAGCUGGAGGAGGAGGAAGAGGAGGAAGAUUCAAUCUAUGGAUGUAAGGACUGUGGGCUGGGCUUUGCAGAUCGGGCCGACCUUAAGGACCAUCAGAAAGUUCAUGGCAGAGAGUACCUCGUCGACACUCGUGAGUACACGCAGUCUGUAAUUCACACCCAUUCCAUCAGCGAGUAUCAGAGAGACAACACUGGAGAGCAGCUCUUCGAAUGCCCAGCAUGUGGCGAGUCUUUCGUUCACAGCUCAUUCCUGUUUGAGCAUCAGAAAGUUCAUGAGCAAGACCCAUACUAUGGCCACAGGAGGUAUGAUGAGCCUUUUAUGAAUCCUUUCAUCAUUAACCCACAGAGGUUCCGUGCCCCACAGGCAAAUCCUACAGCGAUGUAUUUUCAGUGCCAUGUGUGUGGUCAAGAUUUCAUUCAUGGCUCUGUCUUUAAUGAGCAUCUGGCACUUCACAUGGGAGAGGGCUCUCCAGAGCAGGCCCAGAGGAGCAAUGACACUGUCAGUGCAGGCUUGGCCCUCGCCGAGUUACAGAGAAGCCAGGCCGAAGAGAAGCACUACGAGUGUGGAAUAUGCGGAGAGGCCUUCCUCAGCCAGGCAGACCUGAGGGAGCACAAGAAAAUCCACGAGAAGGAUGACGAGCCCUACGAUUACGGGGCUUCCUUCGUUCAUACCUCGUUUCUUACCGAACCCCCUAAGGGAGAGUCUCCAUUCUUUGAGUGCAAGGACUGUGGGAAGUCCUUCAUUCACAACACAGUUCUCAUUAAGCACCAGCAGUUCCAUGUUGAAGAGGAAGAAGCAGCAGCCCAGGAAGUCGAAGCCAAUGUUCUUGUUCCACGAGAAGUUCUGCGGAUCCAGGGGUCGAACAUGGAAGCUGCCGAGCCAGAAGUGGAGGCCGCUGAACCUGAAGUAGAGGCUGCUGAGCCCAAUGUGGAGGCCGCUGAGCCCAAUGGGGAGGCUGAAGGACCAGAUGGGGAGGCUGCGGAGCCAAAUGGAGAGGCCGAACAGCCCAACGGAGAGGCCGAACAGCCCAACGGGGAUGCUGAUGAGCCAGAUGGCGCAGGAAUCGAAGACCCCGAAGAGAGAGAGGAAGAGCUAGAGGGGAAGGCUGAAGAGCCAGAGGGAGAUGCUGACGAGCCAGAUGGUGCAGGGAUCGAAGACCCAGAAGAGGAAGAUGAAGAGGAAGAGAUUCAGGUUGAAGAACCAUACUAUGACUGCAGGGAAUGUGGAGAGUCCUUCACUACCACCUCGGCCUACGGGGAGCACCGGCAGACCCAUGCCAGAGUGAUCAUAUUUGAGUCUGGAAAUGUCUAUGGGGAAGGCUCCCACUACACUGGGCAGGCCAGCACCAGCACUCAGGGCAGCGAUAGGGCUGACGACAAGUACUUCAAAUGUGAUGUCUGCGGUCAGUUCUUCAGCGACCGCCUCUCCCUCGCUAGACACCAGAACACCCACACUGGCUGAGAGCACAAGUGGAAGGAUGGACAGCCUUUCCUGGCUUAGGACCUGACCCUCACAGCAAAUCCACAGCAACCCAUAGUAACGUCAGAAGGACACUUAGCUUGUCUUGUACACACUGACUUAACCUCAGAUAACUUGGACUGGAAAGGAACUAGAGGCGGUUCCAUUGGUCUUACCUCUUUCCCCAUCAUACACCAGUGCGUGCAUGUGGGGAAGCCACAGCACAUCCCUUUCAUCCUAGUGACCAGGUUGAGGGACAGUCCUAGGAGAGCUGAGACUACAGAAAUAGCCCCAACCAAAUGAUACUUCUCUAACCUAUAUAUAACUUUCCUGAGCUGUAUAUAAAAUAGCAAAUCAUAGCAAACAGUAGUCACAGGUACUUGGAUUUAAUGAUACAGAGUUACAGUUUACUGUGCAGAGAUACCUCCGUGGUAUGCUUUGAUUUUUGUUGUUGUUUGGAAGAGGAAAUGAGCAACACACUUGUUAAUAUCUUAGUUCCUGUGAAAGAUUUGUUGUGCAUUAUUUUAACCCCUUCAGUAUCUUUCUGAGUAAUUGUGUUGUCCCUUACUCUUAAAUAUUCCUGUCAAGGUGUAGGCAUGCAAGAUAAUGUCCUUUCCUCUGUGCGGUUCGAAAGGAGUUCUUUGAGCUUCCUUUUCAGCCAUCUUGUCUACACCAACACCUUGUAACCUAAUGCUGUAUACGCCUUUGCAAUUUGUGGAUUGACCUUUUGUGACCCUAGUUGAUCCUUUGCCAUAUUGUACCUUGCAGUGAUUGUCAUGCAAAAAUACUGCAAGUUUGUGUUUGUUUAACCAACUUAAUGUGUGCUCGAGAGUGAAUCCACAAACGCCAACCUUUUCCCUGUAAACCUUGCUUCUUUGCCUUUAAGAGAGUGGGUUGCAACCAUCACUAGAUCGCGACAGUGCCUAAUGAAGGUUGAAACCGUCAGGAGAGCCUCUCCUGUUGUAAAUAUGGAUGCAGGUGACAACUGUCAUCACUUUUUGUGCGCUUUCUGCCUUAAGUGACACGUAGCAGCGUGGCUUUGUUAGUGUGUGCCGCCACGAGUCAGCUUGCACCUGGGCGCCCAGGAGCUUGUAUCCUUAGAGCUUUCUAUUACCGAACCUAAUUCUUGUCUUCACCUGUCUGACCCUCAGCCCCGUGUCUAACUCGCAUUUUUUUAAAAAGAAAAGCUUUCUUUACAGUCAACCUAAGCUUAACAUGGACUCAGGUUCCCAGCGCCUUAAUUUGUUUUGUCACCAUUGUUCUCUCCUCGUUCAGCCCUCCUGAGUAGUUUUGAUCUGAUUCCAUUAAUUACAGAUCGACCUCACAGCUUGCGGUUUCCUGUGUCUUUUUCUGUGGGCCACUUGUGCUCCUUUUGCUUCCCCUCACUCCUGCGUCGUGACUAUUGAGGGGUUUUUUUUUUCUUUUUUCUUGGCUUUGAGUUGACUGGAAAAAUAAUUUUAAAAUUUAAAAAAAAAUGUAAAGUGGAUCUGAUGAAGAAGUGAACAAAAGAUAAGAGCAGAUCAUUUGAGAAAGAAAAUGCCAAUGCUUUCUUUGGGAACAUGCCCAAAUCUCACUCUCCUAGAUCUGCAUGGUUAGGGCUUGUGAGUGUCAGAGCUGCUGGGAGUGCCAAAGUCCGGAGGAGUUGAGGGGCUGAGGGCAUGGAGCAGAAUGGAGGAAGCCAAAGAAAGGAGCCCUAACACAGCAGCAGACCGGGAGGGUGAGGAAGCAGGCAGAGGGAAACACCGGAAAUGGACUGGAAGGCCAGGUCGGGGAGAAUAUGGCCUGGGCACUUUAGAGGGGGCCAUCUGGAUGGCACAGUGGUGGCGAGGGCCAGCUGCAUCGAAAGACCGGAGGUUGGAACGGACAUCCGGAAAAAUGGGAGCAGGGCCCGUGAGAAGGGAGCCAUUGCUGAUGUUGGGGCCAACUCGGGUUCGUCCCUGUUGGCAGCACCAAUUGGUAGCUCCUUCUCAGAAAGCAACUUGCCAAAUGUCAGGGUGUCCGUUCCAACCUCGUGUUCGUGAAAAAUUAGGAACAACUUUGAUGCCAACCAAUAGAAUGAUUAAAUGAACAUAUCUGAUUCUUACUCAGCUGUUUUAAAAAUGAUAAUCAUGCAGAGUUAUGUAGUAGCGUGGAAAUAUAUUUACAGAAUAUUAAGUGGAAAAAAGCAGGACACAGAAUUAUAUUUAUACUACAAUUAUAACUGUUUAAAAAGGUAUGCUUUUAAUCAACAGCUGUUGUGUUGUAGGCUUCUAGUUGAGCAUUAUUUUUCUUAAAUUCCUUGAUGUUCUUAAUGGUGGUGGUGUUGUUACUAAAAAGUUUGUAGUCAUGUCUCCAUUGCGAACAAAAUUUGAACUCAUUAUCAGAUACUUGGAAAAUACAGAAAAGUGGAGGAAAACAAACCAUAUUCCCACCAUCCAAAGACAGAUACACUCUUUAGUAUAUUGUUUCUUGUUUCUGUGCACAGGGUUAUGAUUAUAACUGUGUCAAAAUGUGUAUUCAAAGUUGAUGUUAUGUCACCUUGGUUUUCAAAUGUCCCUUAUUAAUAGUGUUCUGAUUUUAAAAAGUUUAUUAUGCUUCUAUUACAAGCAUAAUACAUACCCAAAGGAAAAAAAUUGGAAGAUACAGUAAAUUAGAAAAGAAAAAAACUUCACUCAUAUUCCCAACUCCCAACAACUGAAUAUCUUGAUCUGUUUCCUCCAUCUUGUGCACAAACUUAUGGUGAGUGUUGAAUAUGUAUGCAUCAAGUCUACAGUGAUAAUAAGCGUGGAGAAUCAUUAACAUAGUGUUGUUAUUAUGGAAUUAAUGGUUAAAUAUUUUGUCUCAAAUUCCUUGGGUGAUCUUUGGUGUUUUGCUAUUAAAUCUUAUGUAUGUAUUUUCCCAUUGCAAAUAUAAUACUCAGAAUUUGGGGGAAUUCAAUCAAUUAGAAAAGAAAUCCACCCAUAUUCCCAGCACCUAACAGCUCCUAUUAACAUCUGUCUGUACACCAGUCUGUGAUUGUUAGGGUGUUAAUGAUAAGUAUGCAUAGAGUCAAAGAUGGGAAGAAAUAUGGAAAGUAAUUAAGAAAUAGGUGUGUGGUUGUGGGAUUAUGGUUAAGUAUUUUGUCUUGAUUUCCUUGAAUGAUCUUUAUCGUAGUGUUUUGGUAAUUCACCUUUAUUAUAUCUAUUUCCAUAGUAAUCACAGCGUGUGUUCAUUAUAGAAACUUGCAGAAAUGUAGAAGAGAUACACCCAUAUUUUCAUCAUCCAAAGACUGUGGUUAACAUCUUGAAAUAUUUUUGCAUCUUGUUUCUGUGCACAGGUUUUUGGUUUGUUAAUAUGGUUGUGGUCGUUCUAUCUCUCUGUAAUAGUGUCACCAAUAAAAAUAAAGUUAACAAUAAGA